AUGACGGAACACGUGGAACGUGGGCUAAAUCAGGUUGAGUUUCCACUACGCAAAAAAGGUAAUGCUUGUGGAAGACUUAAACUUACUGCUGAACAUAUUGAGAAUUAUCCUGAUGUUCCAGACGAGGCUCGAGUAUAUUUAAAACCAGGAGCGAAUGAAGAAGGAUACUGGACAGCCACACACCUUAUUGAGCAAGUCGGAUAUAAAGCCAUUGAGGCUUUAUUCCCAAAUUGCAUUGCAGUAUUUGCGUUUGAUAAUAGUUCAAAUCAUUCCGCAUUUGCAGCUGAUGCAUUAGUUGCGAAGAGAAUGAAUAUUGGACCUGGUGGAAAUGCACCAAAAAUGCGGGAUACUUUUUGGGGUCCAAAUAAUGAAAGACAAACUAUGAAUUUUCCCGACGAUCGACCAAGAGGUAUAAAGCAGAUUUUGAGUGAAAGAGGACUGUAG